AUGCUUUCGGUUUUCAGCGGGAAAGCAGCAGCAAAGGCGUCAAUGGCAGCAGGUAGAAAAGCAGCCAUUUUAACACAGCAAAAAAGAAACAUCUACAGAUUCCCACUGAAGAGUGACGUGAACAUCACAAAAACAGGAAAGACAAAGAUCGCGAUUGGCCAGGGAGGACGUUCUUCGAGAACUGGGUACACUGUUUCCGUUUUUGGCGGAUCCGGGUUCCUUGGAAGAAUCAUCACUUCAAAAUUGGCCAAGCAUGGUACAUUAGUGGUGGCACCAUGGAGAAAUUCGCGUUCUAUGAGGCAUUUGAAGGUGAAUGGUGACUUAGGUGUGGUGAACUAUCAUGAGUGGGACCUGCGGAACGUCCAGUCGAUCGAGGAGUCGGUGGCACACGCCGAUGUUGUGAUUAAUCUGGUUGGCUCAGAAUUGAACACGAAGAAUUUCUCGAUGGCAGAUGCUAAUAUUGAAGGCAGUCGGCGGAUUGCAGAGGCGGCCAAGAAAUAUGGCGUGGACCGUUUCAUCCAGGUCUCGUCGUACAACGCUAACCCAAAGUCUGAAUCCGAGUUUUUCGCAACCAAAGGUGUCGGUGAACAAGUGGUGAAAGAUAUAUAUCCCGACGCGACCAUCGUCCGGCCGGCACCAAUGUACGGAAGGAACUCGGCGUUGCUUCACGAGCUCGUGCCGUUGACAAAGUUGGGCGGAAAUGUCCUGUUUAGGCAAGAAAUAUAUCCGACACAUGGCCGGCAGGUUGCCGAGGCCCUUGAAAAAAUCGUUUUUGACGAUUCCACAUUGGGAAAAACGUACGAGUUGUACGGCCCGGAGAGAUACUCGAAGCGUGAGCUCCGGGAGAUGAUCAAGUACAUGACGCAUAUUGGAAUGUACGGAUAUUUCCCUGCUGCUACAGGAUUUUCGAUCCCGGCACCUAGAUCUUUUAUGAAGGUGUGGUGCUGGCUAAAUGAGAAGUUCAAUCCAAGCAUGGAGUCUGUGAACAUGGAUACGUAUCGCAGAUCGACGAUCGACCAGGUGAUCGACCCGUCCGCGCUCACAUACGAGGAUCUUGGCAUGAAAGCGGAUGAUCUUGCCGACUGGUUGUAUUCAUACGUGAAGCCUUACAUUAUAUCACCAUCGCAGAGUUUGAACCGGACGGUUUACGGCCGGGAUGAGGUGUUGAAGCUCCGUGAUUACGUGAACACGCCUAAGAACAGCUUUGACUUCUUUGAUCUCAAGUCGUGA